AUGUAAUAUAGAUUCAGAUAACGAAAAACAAUUAAUAUUGAAUAUCGGUCACAACCCCCCACCAUUAUUCCAGGGGAUAAAAUUGAUUUUUUGCCAGGUUCAUUUGGCCACAAAAAUUGUAAUGAUAAACUAUUGCAUUUCUUUUUAAAUGAACUUGAAAAUCCUACAAGCCCAUUCGCUCCUAUUAUCAAAUAUGAUGUACCUACUUAUCCUAUUAAUCCUUGUGAUGAGAACAUUAUUUUGAUGGAAGAGAAACUCUAUGAUGGUUUACGAAGUUUUAUUUCCUUGUCAUGGGAUUUUGUUGUGUAGGAGUAAAAUGGAAAUGGCGAUCUUGCUAAUUUCGUUACUGAUUUAAUAAAUUUCCAAUUAUUGGAUCUAACAAUCCCAGAAAAAACAUUACCAAUCCAAUCUAAUGUAACUUUAAUUCUAGUUGUUCAAAACUUUGUUUUAAAGAAAACAGCAUAUCAAAUAUUAAUUCAAACGCAUGCAGGAUAAUUUCCCAGUAUUUUUUCAAAACUUAAAAGAUAAUAUUAUCCUUUUGAAUCUAUAAAACUAGCUUUCACUUUAGUUAAGAAAAGUUGCAUAGAAAGUUCAACACUAUCAAAUGAUAAUUCUAAAUAUUAAACUAAAUUUUAUGAAGUCUAUAGAAAUAACUCUAAAUCUAAACCUUCAAACAUCAGUUAUACUGACUUAGUUAAUUCUAACUUAUUGGAAUUUAUUAUUCAACGUUACUCAUUAAGCGCUUGGACAGCUUAUACACUUCAAUUAACUAUUUCAGAUUCUUCAAUUUAAUUUUAUAACUAAUAAAAUUUAACUAUUUAGAUCAAAUCAGCAGGAAUCUUCUGCCAAUUUAAUGGAACAAAAAAAUUGCUAAAAUACUCAGAUUUUACAAAUAUUUAUAUUUAAUGCAAAGAUCUCGAUAUUUAAUAGAAUUGGAAUGAAGAUCCAAAUUUGUUAAUAAAAGUCAGUUGUUUAGAUCUAACUUCACAAAAAGAAUGUAAGGAUUCUAAAUAGAAUAACAUAUAAAUUAAUUCUACUUAAACAACUUAGUUUUUUCCCAAAGCUACUUUUUUGCCAUUUACAAUUUAAGCGUGGUUUGUAAUUGCAAAAAAGAAUUCAUUAUCCUAUUCUUAUAAAAUAAUUAUUAUAUCGAUUUUAAUAAUGGAUAUUUAAUAAGGCCUGUCAAUAAUUAUGAAGAUUUAUAAUUUACUUUUAAAAUACCUUUUUAGAGUAGAUAAUACCUUCUACAUUAUUAAAUCGCAAUAAUUUAGUGAUUAUUAAUUAGUAACAAUACUUAAGCCCCAAUAUUACAAAUAUUCCUUUUAAUUAUAUGAUUAUUAUUAAUAGUUUAACAAAGGGGAUAAAUUUCUCCUUAAGUUUUUAGCUUAAUAUAUUAAUGAUAUCAUGCCUAAUCAGGUGGACAUAAGCCUAAGUUUAAACUAACCUCCAAUUUGUAUAUUUCAAAUGCUAGAAUAAAAUAUCAAAGCUUUAGAGUCUCAUAAAAUGGCAAUUAAUUAUGAAUAAUCUGAAGAUAAACCUUAUCUCUAUCAAAUGAAAGUUUUUUUAUUUACUGAUGAUUUUGAAGAGUUUCAAAAUAAAUCUUCAGACAAUUCACUACUUUUCUAUAGCUUUUAGUAAUCUAAUAAUUUAGUAGGAUAUUUUCCUAAUGCAGAAAUAAUUAUUAUAUUUUAGAUCAUCGAUUAAAGAGGCUCAAUAACAAAUAUUCAAUAGCGCUUAAAUAUAUCGCAGACUCAAAUAGUAUGUACGAAUUAAACUAUAUCUCAAUUAGUAUUUAGGGAAAAAAUUGCAUGGAUAUUUGAAAUAAUGAUUAAUCAUUAAGACGAAUAAAAUUGCGUCAGAUUGAAGGAUGAAUUAUUAAAAUAUGUUGAAUUAGGAUUAAACUCUAAAGAUAUAUAUGAAUAAUUAUUGGCCCAUCAAACAAUUAAUCUAUACAAAAAAUUAAUAGUAAAAUAGUAGGCUUCAAAUACUUCAAAGAGAUAUUUAGAAUGA